AUGGUGUUUUACGUGCAGGAAAUAGUGAGUGGACCAAAUGCUACGAUACUUUCAUCUGCAGGAGUGAAUGGAUCGUCUUCCAAUCCUCGAUCAUUUGGAACAGUUUUUGUGAUUGACGACGUCAUAACCCAAGGACCUCACCCUAAUUCCAAGUUUUUGGGAAGAUUUCAAGGACUGGAAGCCAAUUCAGAUCUAAGUGGAAAGAAUUUUCUUCUGGCUGUCUCUCUUAUAUUUGAGAAUGGCAGCAUCCUUGAGAUCCAGGGGACAAUAAGAACUCAGGUGGCAAAGAGGGAGCUGUCUGUUGUUGGAGGAACUGGGCAAUUCAGAUAUGCUCGUGGAUUUGUUAUUGUUGAAAUUGUAGCAAACGAUGGAGUGAAUUUCACAUUUAAGAAUAAUGUAAUGAUUUGGACACCAUCUGAUUGA